AUGAAGUUGAUGAGUGAUUACGAGGUGACCCUUGUCAAUGACAAUAGUGAGUCUUGGGCGCCGGAAUGGCAAGAGUUCUAUGUUCGCUUCAAGGGACCAGAAGAAACACCGUUCGCUGGUGGACUUUGGAAAGUUCAUGUCGAGCUCCCGGACCAAUACCCUUACAAGAGCCCGAGCAUUGGUUUCGUGAACCGAAUUUAUCACCCAAAUAUCGACGAGCUUUCGGGGUCUGUAUGUCUUGAUGUCAUAAAUCAAACAUGGUCACCUAUGUACGACAUGAUCAACAUUUUCGAAGUUUUUCUUCCGCAGCUGUUGCGUUAUCCGAACCCGUCAGACCCUCUAAAUGGAGACGCGGCGGCCGUCUUGUUGCGAGAUCCCCAAAAAUAUGAAGGCAAAGUCAGAGAAUAUGUGACCAAGUACGCAAGCAAGGACGCCGCGGACGAUGCUGGUGAAGAUACAGGAGAAGAGGACGAAAUGAGCUCGGUCGGCAGUUACGAGUCCGGUGGCGAAGAACCGGCCGGGGAGAUGGACGACGUGUGA